GUCAACGGAGUGCAUCCCGGUAGUCAACGCAUGCAGCGCUGCUCGGUAUUAUAACCCGGCCGGCCGUAUAGGCUUGAAGUUGAGAUCACUUGCACUGGUACGGAACUUGUUACAGACUGAGGCAAAUUUGGUAGCCGCAUUAUUAUCUGAUAUCCAUAAUCCAUUUGAAAUUCACUGGAAAUCAUGACAACCUACAUGCCGCCGAUGCAGACGAAAGCGAGAGCAGAGAAGGCACCACCGCAUGGCCUAAACUCCACAAACAGAGUCUUUGGAAACUACGAUGAGAAGAACACCCGUGGCAUGUACAACGGCUCACACUAUGCCAGGACAUUCAAGGGAGAGAAGCAUCCUUCCCAACCCCAACCGAGGUUAAGUUCGGCCACCAGACACAACAAACCCCACCCUGAGGGUGUCGGCUUUCUCAUCCAGGACUGUGCGACCCUUCAUGACCCCAUCUGUGAUGUCAAGACAAAGGUCAACCCUAACGAUGCUCACUGGUGGCCUUCCAGGGAGAACCCAAACACCAAUAAGAACCCGGUUUACACCAAGGACACCAUAAGCAGGAGUGAUUACAAGACGUAUAAGAAUAGACCUCAGGGACAAACGAGACACGGUAGUAACCCAAACACCAUGCCUGCACAUGGACCAGUUCCUGUAACACAAUUAGCAAACCCGACCGGACCUAGACUUCUGAUGGAGCGAAUCUCAUAUCAGCAUGGUUAUGACAGCCGUAAAACAAACAACCUACAACAGAGGGGCAAGCUCCAUGGAAACUUUGUAUGGGACGUCUUCCACCCCACCUCACAACCAGACACCAAGGAUGUCCCCUCAAGACCAAGACUCCCAGGGCGGGGCAGCGAGGGCAUGCGCAACAUCAUGAUGCAUGACCUCACCCACGAGCCUAACCGAGCCGUCCGGGAGGCGCAGUUCCCCAGUCAAUACCGACCCCUGAAGCCCAUCGCUGGGAAGGUCGGGGGAAAGCAAGAGGGAAAGAUCGUGCCGACUGAUGUGCCCAGUGCCGGACUCAGACAUGAUACAGUGCCAGCUCUCCCUCCAAUUGGAAUGUAGGAUGGUGAACUGCUUUAUGAUUAUGUCCUACAGAGUUUAAUGGUGCUUCCUUUGGUGGUGUGUUCUUGAUUCAGAUCAGACUUCCAAAAUUCCAUUUUUUUCUUAAUUAUUGUGCUGAUAGAUGGCAUUUGCCUUUACUAUCUUAAGGUAAAGGAUUUUAUUUUUCAUCUUGCUUCAGUCAAUUUUAAGUCUUUGGCUUUGAUUCAUGAUCCACCCUGAGAUUGACAAGUUGUCAUUCAUUAGGAGUUACCAAAGAUGCAUAAAUUAAUGGAAAAAAAAUAAUAACUAUUAAGUCACCAGUGCCAUAAGUUGAGUCUCGACAAUUUCAGCACUGGGUCCUACUUGAGAUGUUGAAGUCAAAGCAGCUGCAGGCAGCUGAUGAACAGUAACUUAUCUGAUCAAAGUAACUAUUUGAUAUCAAUUGGAUAACAUUGAAUGGCCAAUUGUUUGGCCAGCAUGUACUCAUCAAUUUUGAACUGUCAUAUUGUUUGUUUAAAGCUGGACUUUAAGCUUAUAGGGACACUUAUUGCACAAAAUUAGAGUGAAGUUCAUCUCUAAAGAUCAUUGGGAGGAUAUGAAAUCAAUUAUUAGAGGUUAUAUUUUUAAAAAUACAUGUUUAUGUUUUCUCGUUUUGAAAUGCUACUUUAUUUUUACUGAAUCAUCAUAAUUCAUGAUAUUUUCCCAGCAUUGGCAGUGCCUCACAAUGGCUAGACUGACUGGAAUUUAUAACCAUGCUAAUGAUAGUCCAAGUUAUUAGAUUCUAUUUUGUAAAUGCUUUAUUGACACCAGUCACUAAUUUGUGACUGAUCUAUUCAAAAUGUUUGAGUAAGUCAAUUUAAAAAAAUUCAAACAUCAAUUUGCAAAUGUUGGUAUCGAUUAUUCUAUUUUCUUUUUUAAAAUUGAAUUAUCCAGGGACUCGAUUUUAAGGCGCGCGAGAGCGAUCGCGCGCUACAUGCGCGCCUUAAUCCAUUUUUGGUAGCGCGAUUUAUAGCGCGCCUCGCGAUAGCUGACCUGCGCGAAAAUGCCUAAAGUCGCCCUCGAAAUCACCCAAAAUCAUGCUUUCGGGGGCGACAUAAAAUCUGAAUGUCGCCCCCGAAAUUAUUGCCGAGUGAUAACAACUCAACGGCCCACUAGUGCCAUAGGCUCGAGCUCCGCUUACCAUUUAAAAACCAUCCAAAAUCCACACUCAAAAUCACGAAUAAGCCUUAAAAGUAGCGAGUAGCGCAGUUUCAAAUUCCGAAGUUGCGUUAUUUUUUCUGUACCACGUAUUUCCAUACACAUGGUACCAGGUAUGGAAAAAAAAAUCAACGCAACGGUCGGGAAAGAGUUGCAUGUAUAGGGGUCCAUUAUGACUACCACCGUGUGCCAUUUUGAAUGCACAUGUUUCCCCUACAGAUAUCACAAUUCUGUGAUAAAAUAAUUCGAAUUACACAGGAAAUAAAUCCCAGAGUCUAGUAACCUAGCAUUGGUGAGUUGUCAUUCGGCUUUGCUUUUCAAAACGGCUUAUUAACUUCCAAAAUAAGUUAUCUAAUUUAUCAAUUAUAACUAAAAAAUCAUUUGUUUUCUUUUUCUAGGGGAUGAGGUAUUAUAUCAGACAAUAAAUCAUCAAACAAAGCUCCAUCUUUUUUACAAGGACGGCGGCAGGCUCACGCAUUGGCGCUUUUACUAGCUAGCCAGUUGGAGCUCUGUCUCUCUGCCAGAGCUCUGGGGGACAAUUCGCUCAGUAAAGGCCUCAAUGAUGGUGAUUUUCUGUUUCAGACAGAGUUUACAUUUCAGGAAUAUUAUUCAAAACUGCCAAUAAAGUUUGAUGAUUUCUUCAUUGUCAUGUAUAUAUUUAAGUUCUUAAUGAAUACAUUCUCACCAAAUUUAGACUCCCCCAUAGAGAAAUUAAAUUUUCAUGGAGAUCUGCGUUUUCAAAGAACUUCAGGAAAAGUUAGGGUAUGUGAUGGGCCUUUAAUACAUGUACAUGGCUGACUAGGGUAUUGUACUUGAAUAAAUGGAGUAGAAAUUAGAUAUUGAAUUCAUUUAUAUCCAAGUCCAACUCACAGUCACACACACACGCACACACCCACACACACCCACCCAUCCACACACACCCACAUCCAAGAUUCUAAACAUGAUAAAUAACUUUAAAAAUCAUACAAUAUUUAAUAUUAAACAAAAAGUAAUAAUUCCUUAAUAAGUGAACAGGUAUUCCUCAAAAUACAAAAAAGUAGCAUUUAAAAAGAGCCCCCGAAAUUUGACAAAAAAAUUAAAAUGGAGCCCCCGAAAAAAAAAAAAAAAAAUUGUCAGUGACUUAACUUUUAGCCAAAGUCAAAACCUAACUAAAACAGGUUUUACAACACACAAUCUAAUUACAAUACAUUGUAAAACAAUUAUAAAUACUUCCUUUGGUUGUUGAUUGUAAUUGUAUAGUACAUACAUUUCCUCCAUCCAUUUUGUUAAUUGGGCAAAAAGCUCCCCUUGUAUGUUGAAGAAGAGCUUUUUGAAGUGCUCCUCUACCGCUCUCCUUAAAAGUUCUAGGAGAGCUUUUUAUUGCUCCCCUUAUAAUUAUAAAACCGAGUCCCUGAUUAUCUCUAAAUUGAUUCAUGAAUCUAGUAAUUAUCUAGUAAUGGAGAAGUGGGGUUAUUCAGCUAUGUUUACACGUAUGAGCCUUUCAUUUUAUUUUGUAUAUUCCAAUUUUGAAGUUUUGCUUAUUUUAUCAUUUAUAUAUUGGCAUGAUGAGCCUUUCAUUAUAUUUUGUAUAUUCCAAUUUUGAAGUUUUGCUUAUUUUAUCAUUGGCAAACUGUGUAUGCCUAAUGUACAAUUGUUUCAUGAAAACUUGUGAGAAAAAGACCCCCCAAAAAAUGAUUAGAAAGAUAAUAAUAGUUUAGUGGGGAAAUUGAAAUCAAGGAAUAUUGUAGAUUUACAUGUACUUGAAGCUUUUUACUAAGGUAUCAUGUGCAGUGUGAUUUUGCACAAUGGAAGUAAUGGGAAAACAAAUGCAAUGUAAACUAGAACAUUUUACUUUGCAUGGAGAGGGAGAAUUUUAUCUUGCCAAAUUUUUAAUUGGACGUAUAAGAUUUCAUAUCUAAGACUUGUUGAAGGGAUUGUAUUAUUGAUUUGUUUAAAUAAGCGUUGGAUCCAAAUGGACAGAGAACAUAGAGGUGACCCCCCCCCCCCCGCAAGAAAAAAAGAACCCGUGAUAAUCAUACAUCUUACAUUGGAGUCUUUGGAGGUAUACAUUGACAAGUAAAGCAAAUUUGCCUUUAGUGAUAUCUUUUUUGGGGAGAAUUUGUGCAUUUUCCCUGCCAUAUUAUCUUGGAUCCUUGGUACUGUUCAAAUGAUUAUUUAAAUCAAUUAACAGUCUUUCAAGGGAAUGUAACCUUUUUUAGGUUGUCAUUUUUUUUAAUAUUUAACAAGUGGAAAAACAGAAGAAGAAUUAUUGUCAAUAUUUGACUACUUUCAUUCUUGCCAGUAAUAUGAUCGACAUGCACUAUAAAGUAUAUUGUGUUAUAUUUUGUACUAGUCUAUUGCAUUAAUGUGAGGAUUCCGUCCAUUGGCUGAAGGUUAUUCGUUUUUGUGUUGUUUUUUCGAGAAGUUCAGUACUCUGUAGUCUUCUCAGCUUGUAUUACUGAUACAACUAUGCAAAAUUAAGAGCAUGUGGUUUUGUACAUUUGUGUUUAUGUUUUUAUAGUGCAUAUAAAUUUGAUUUGUUGCUGUUGAAAUAAAUUUAUAUUCAAAGUA